AUGGUGGGUAUUUAUAUGUCGAUCCAGGCAAAUCAAUGUCCAUUGUUACGGACGAGCCCAGCUGCUAUCAUGCUUAAAUUUGGAUGGCUGGUUUACGUAUCAGCUCGAUGUGAGGCGCUUUCGAGACUUGGUUGGGCGGUGCACGACCCUGGGUCGACGGGACGGGUUCUGUCGCUGGCGCCUUUUAGCUGGCCCAGACGGCGUGCACUGCGAUGGGGGCCUGCUGGGGGCUACUUGCUACCGGCUGUCUGCCGCAUUUCGCCUGUGGGGCGUCCGCUGUCCCUCAGAUCAGCCACCGUCUGGUUCUCAGAUCUGAUCUUGAUUUUUUUUUUCACGCCGCACAGCCGCAGUAGUUUUAGUCUCGCUAUUUUCAAACCAGCCAUCUCGAAAUUAAGCUUUGACGCAGCUAAGCUAUUUACCUGA